CUUUUGUUUCCUGCAGUUUCUCUCAAUAGUAAAAAUAGUGAUUUUAUGAGUAAUUUGGACCGUUUUGUCUUGCUAAUAAAAAAUUGUUUAGAUAAAUCUUAGUUUAUUUACCUCAAUUCUUAACCACCUUCAAGACAGUUAUUCUCUUGAGAUGGUUUCUGGUAUAAUAAAAAGCAUGAAGUAGUUUGAGGGUUCCUUUUCUAAUGGGUUUUGUGGCCUUGGAAACAUUCUCUGGUGUUAUUUUUCCAAGUCCUAAACAGGUUUAUUUAUUCAGGGUGAUCAGUUAGACUGUGCAGAAAAAUGAAAUAAAGUGUGGUGCUUUCAGCCUUUGUAUGUAGUAAGUUAAGUGGAUCAUAAACCCGUUCAGUUAUUUUGCUAUUGCUAUUGCUACUGCUGCAGAAGCAGAGCUGAAAUGCAUGGAGAAGCUGCUUCUCUCUCAGGAGUGACUCAGCCGCCACUCACCCGCCCUGCUCAGAUGCUGUGCCGGGCAGAGCUGGCAGGCAGCCUGGUGGCGUGGAUUGCCGUGUGCGUUAUAGGCCCUCCCUGCUGAUUCUCUCAGCCUUUCCUUCCUCACUGCCUCCUGUUAAAGAAGCACGCUGUACAUGCUGGGGCUUCCAGGAAAGCCAGCUCUGUUUCUGGACAGUGGGACGCCCUUAAGAGAAGAGCACUCCUCCCGGAGUCUGACUAGCUGGAGCACGAGGCAGAAGGGGUGAUUUCGGUUUGCUGCUCUCUUGAAGGAUGGGGAUGGUCUGAGCCUGUGAGCUGAAGCUGUGUCCUGGAGGGCCGGGGGUCGUCAGAAGUGCCCUCCUGGACUGUUUUGGAGGUCGUUUUGGCCUGCAGCACUCUUCUUCCUCCUCCUCUGGAGAAACACAGAGCCAAAGCCAAGACCAUCCUAAGAGGGCAAGAGACAGGGGCAAGUCGGAGGAGAAACAAGUCGGCGGGGAAACCGAGAGCGGUGACGACGCAUCUUUCCUCUUUUGCUGGAGUGAGUGAGGGAAAGAGAGGCAGACCAGAAGGGACUGAGACCUGCAGCCGACAAUGUGUCAGUCGAGUGCCCUGCGGGGACCAGAGCUGCACUCAGGGAAAUGGUUGCAGUUUCCCCAGCUGGCCCUGAGGAGGAGGUUGGGCCAGCUGAGCUGUAUGUCUAGGCCUGCUCUGAAACUCCGUUCUUGGCCUCUGACUAUCCUCUAUUACCUUCUGCCUUUUGGUGCUCUCAAACCCUUGGCCAGAGUGAGAUGGCGGCCUGUGAGCAGGGUUUCCCUCUACAAAUCGGUGCCAACACGACUGCUCUCCCGUGCCUGGGGACGCCUCAACAACGUCGAGCUGCCCACCUGGCUGCGGAAGCCGGUCCUCAGUCUGUACAUCUGGACAUUUGGGGUCAACAUGAAGGAGGCAGCUGUGGAGGAGCUGCAUCACUACAGGAACCUGAGUGAGUUCUUCCGGCGGAAGCUGAAGCCCCAGGCCCGUCCCGUCUGCGGCGUCCACAGUGUGAUCAGCCCGUCGGAUGGAAAGAUCCUCAGCUUCGGACAGGUGAAGAACUGCGAAGUGGAGCAAGUAAAAGGCAUCACAUACUCUCUGGAGUCCUUCCUGGGUCCACCGGCCAACAAAGGACACCUGGAAAGCAAGCCCGCCUCCCGCAGCGGCUCGUUCCAGAAGCAGCUGGUCACGAAGGACGGCAACGAGCUCUACCACUGCGUGAUCUACCUGGCGCCUGGGGACUACCACUGCUUCCACUCGCCCACGGACUGGAAGGUGUCUCAUCGGCGCCACUUCCCAGGUUCACUGAUGUCUGUCAACCCAGGAGUUGCUCGCUGGAUCAAAGAACUGUUUUGCCAUAAUGAGCGUGUCGUCCUCACAGGCUGCUGGAAGCAUGGGUUUUUUUCACUGACAGCAGUGGGGGCCCAAAAUGUGGGGUCAAUCCGCAUCUAUUUUGACCAGGACCUGCAUACAAACAGCCCCCGUUACAGCAAAGGCUCCUACAAUGACUGCAGCUUCACAAACAGCAACAACCACGAAGGCAUCUGCAUGAGAAAGGGAGAGCAUUUGGGAGAGUUUAAUCUAGGCUCAACUAUUGUUUUGAUCUUUGAAGCGCCGAAGGACUUUAAUUUCUAUGUGAAGCUUGGCCAGAAAAUCCGGUUUGGAGAGGCCCUGGGCUCUCUCUAGAAACUUCCCUGCCAGGUGGGGUGAGGGUGUUUUCUCUGCAGUGGGACUCAGUUUGUACAGGGACAUUUCUCCGAGGUGGAAUAUUGCUCAGCAGGACCUGAGUGAGGAAAGAGAGGGACCCUCCGCCCCCCAGUUCUUAACAUGGCGAGCUAGUACAUUCCCACCACGAGAAGUGCAGCUGUGCCAGGUGCCGUGGCCUUUCGGGAUGCUGACCGGGGUGAUGCCUUCCUCCUCGCUCUGCAGCCUCCCCACCAGCUCUGCACAGAUCCACGAUGUCUGUGUGGAGGCCCUCUUAGGCCUGCAGCCUGAGGCAGGACGGGAAGCAGUAAACACUCUUCUUUCAAGGGACACCAGCAGAUUGGCCAUAUUUCCAAGUUACAUUUCCCUUCCACCUGUUCUCCAGUUACCUGUUCUGGUUCCUAUACCAGCCACAGCAGUCCAGUGUCAAAGCAAGGUCUGAUUAUGCAGAGCAAAUAAGCAAAAGUUCAUUGCUUUCAAUACUGGUAAAAAUCUUGUUCUCUCCCUUUAAAGUAGACAUUUUUACUGUAUUUUAAAUCUCCAACACUGCGUCCACAUUCCGUAUCUUAGGAAUUCUUGGGUGUUUUUCUUUGCUUUUAGGAAGUCUGCUUCAAUUGUUGUACCUCUCUUCAAACCAGUCAUUUGGUUUUGUUAUUCUGGGCCUUAAUGUUUUGUAUAGGAGAUAGGCAAUCUCCUUUGCCAAGCUCGGGUCAUGAAAAAUAUGCACAAUUUAACUUCUUUGUGCAAAGGCGGGUGGGGGGAGAUCUCUUGCUGCUGGAAAGGGCUUGCGUUUAUUCCCCUUCACUGUGCAGCUGCUGCUGAGUUGCCAUGACCUGGAGAAGGGAGAAAGUUUGUGUCUGCCCUGGACUCAUUAAAAAACCCCCCUGAAAAUAUGCAGAACUCAAAUGGCUAUAGGAUGGACAAUUAAAGAACUAUUUUGGAACUUCUGAACAAUUCUUUUCAACUCAUGUGCACUAACAUUUUUUACUCUUUACUGAACUUGCAAGAUGCUUAUGUGACUGACUUUAGAAAGCCAAAUGUGCCCAGAAACCAAGUCACGGGGUCCUAAAGCCUCAUCCCGCUUCUCCUCUGAUGGCGUCAACGGCAGGAGGAGUGCGCGGCUGUGUAGACAACAGGCGCUUUGCACCCAUGAGCCAUUUUUCUGGAGGGGACUCAGCUACUCUUGCCAAAGCGGUGAUGGGAGCAGAGAUUCCCUCAUUUAUAACUGUGCUCAUAAUGGAUUUGUCUUUAGACUCAAUCGAUCAUGGAUGCAGCUCAGGCGAGUGUUCAGCUUGCCCAGAACACCCCUCACAUGCGAUGUGCUCUCUCUGCUGUGGCGCUGUGUCUGCAUGCACUCACCAGUGCACACCCUCUGACCAAAACAGCUCCUGCUCUGAGUGGCACCUGUUACAGUGAGCAAAGCGAUGGCAACAGUGUGCACAGGGUGCCCGCUACAACAGGACUGAGUUCCUCAGGGCGAGCAGGCAGCUCGAAGCUCAAGUCUGUAUGACAGCAGCCCUGUCAUUGUGCCACGACCGACGAAAGGCCAGGCAUCCGCCCGUGUGAUGGCUGGCUGGUCCCUCGCAGCCUCCAGGUGGGUUGCCUAACCUACACCCUGUUCUGUCCAGCCCUAGAAUAUACUGGGUGAGCACAGCCGCCUUCUCGGAGCCUCUAGAAGGGAAGCUGCACUUGAGUUGGCUGUCACGAAGCGGCUCUUGUGCCAGCUGUCAGGCUUGCUCCCCCAGUGCAGGGCAAUUCACCAGCUGGCUCCAGGGAGGCUGCCUUGCCGGCACCACUUGGUGUUGUCCUUUCUCAGCCUCCGCUUGAUGGGAGGAGGUGCUGCUGCUUGUUCACUGCAAGAGUGGCCUUCUGGGUCUGGACCGUGUUCUGUAGAGAACUUGGGAGUGGGCAACAGCUGUGAGCCACAGCCGGUCACGCUGGCCCUAAACCACUGGGAAAGGUUUCUGGAUAACGCUGCGAGUUUUUCCUGCACAGAGGAGCCGUUUAAUUAUUCAACUGUAUCAGUAGCACAGUAUUUUUCUAUGUCAAACUGUACAACUUACAGACAUUAACAUUAAUUACAAAUGUUUUAAAAUAAAAACAAAUGCCCUACCA